UAAAUUAAUGUAUUUUAAAAAUUUGGGACAUCAAAAUAACAAAGUAUGUUUAUGGUACAAUUUUUUAAAUAAAAUUUUAGGAACUAUCUUUGGUUGUAAAACUUGCGCCUAGGAAGCAGGAAAUAAAUAUUUUAAGUAUUUAAAUUAAAUCUGUCUCUAGCCCAUCUGUAUCCCACAUCCCGACUGUUUCUGAUCUGUUCAGGAACUAGUUGUGUCCGGACUGGUUCUUUUCGCCCCUUUUGUUUUUGUCUGCUUCAGUCUGUUUUUCACCAUCGUUAAAGGGCAUCGGACGCAGAUGUGAUUUGAUUCUGUAAACAAAUCGCCGAAAAACUGUUAAAAACGUUCAAAAUAUUGAAAACAGCCGGUCCGCAGUAAGGACAUGUCAUAUUCUGACUUAACGUGUGAUUGUAUAGUUAAUAAAUGAGUUUUUCGUGCUGCAGGAAGAUUUCAAUGUGUCCACUUUAAGUAGAAUUCGAUAAAGAGUUUUCAAAAUGAUGGAAAUAAGCCAAAACGUAGACCUAAAGGAGCUGUCGACAGAGGGCGCUUUACUGCGGACCAUGUCCGCUGAGCUCGAUAGUGAUGUGCCGCCCCUGCCCACCCCUGCUCUUGGCAAGACCUCGAUCAGUUCCACUGCCAGUAUAAAGGAUGAAAAAAUAGCCAACGGCGAUGAAGUGGACGACACUGUGUCCGAUCCGAUAACCGAGUCAGUUAAGGAUCAAAACGCCGGCAGGGAUCUGGACGCAUUGCUGGACAAGAUAAGCUCCAUUGUCGAUCGCAGUCCCAAAAAUUCCGAUGAAUUGGAUAAUUCCGAUAAACUUUCCGAUAAAUCCGACGCUGGGUCAGAAAAUCAAAAAACAGCUGCCGAGCCAGUCGAGAAUCAGUUAGAAGGAAAAGAGGAAGAAAUAGGAGCGGAAAAGGAGAACAAAAAAGAGGAAGAUUCUUCAGCAGCAACGGAUGUAAUAGAACUCAGCAACGUGGAGACUGAAUCCGAGCUUGACGCGGAUAAUAAAAGCGAGGGCAAGGACGUUGAAGUCAUCGAAGAUCCUGACCAGGACGUGCCAGCACCUGAGAGCUCUACGGACGCGAAAGAGGAAGAGAGCGAGCCAAAGCCGGAAGAAAAUUCUACCUCAGCAGCCGAAGUGGGGGAGGACAAGACAUCGGCGAAGAUAAACACCUCGGAAGACGAGUUCGAGGACGCUUUGGACAAUAUUUCCAGUGCCGAUGAGUUCGAGGGAGCUGCUUCGCAGAAAUCCCUGAAAACAAAAGCCAAGAAGGCCGUCAAGAAACCCAUUGACAAUGAUCUAGAGGACAUAUCCUCCGAUGAUGAUGAUAUCCUCGAUGACAUAAAGGCUGAUAAACCCAAGCCACAGAGAAAGUCAUCCACAGACAUCAUAGAUCUAGACUCCUCGGACGAGUCCACGGAGGUGAAGGAGUCCGACAUUCCCAUAGAAGAUACAGACGAGAAGAAGGAGGAGGAUACCACCUCAGUUGAGCUGGUGGAAGCAGUCGAAGAGUCGAAAGCGACAGAGGAAGAGGCCCCUGAGUCGGUCGAAGAAAGUGAACCAAAGGCUGUGGAAGCCGAGGAAGAUAAAGUAGUGAAGGACCCAGAGGAAGCCAUGUGGGUUGAUGGUGAAGAGCCGAAGUUGGCGGCGGAGGAGCCGGAGGGCAAGGCCGUGGGAGAAGUUACCAACCGCACUGAAACGCAGGAAAUGAAGGAUACCAGCAUAGAUGACUUGCUACUGGAGGCCAACUCCCAGGGCUCUGGGAAGGAGAAGUCCAAGGACGAGCAGGAUGGCGACCAAGAAGCCCCCAAAGUCAAUGGGGUCUCCGAAGAUCCUUCCAGUUUGGAGGGCAAUGAGAAGGACAAAGAAAGCGAGGUGAAGAACAAAGAAACUUUAAAAGAAGCGGCUAAAGAACCCGAAUCCGACGAUGAGGUCAUUUUCUUCGAGUCCAUUGAGAAGUCCAAGAAGGCCGAGGCGAAAGAUGCGACGAACGGAGAAAGGAUCGAGAAGCCAGAGGCACCUAAACCAGUUGAGUCGAAUAAGGACGAUGAAGUAGUUCUGGUCUCAGAAGACGAGGAUGAAGAGCCGUCUGUGCAAGAAGCUGUCGAAGAAACCCCUAAGAUCCCUGACAUAGAAGCCGUAUCCACGGAAGCCCUCACUAAGCCACCUGCCGAGAAGUCCCUGCAGGUGGACAACUCCGACAAUGCCUGCGAUCAGUUCGAGAAGGUCAAGGCGCCGGUGAAGGAGAAACCCGUUUGCACGGAGAAUGGGAACAGCAAUUCGAGCAGCAACCUUCUGCGCCCAGGCGAGGAUGUCCAGGAACCGGCGUCCAAGCGGGUGCGCCUGAGCACUGAUGAGAAAGCGCCAUCCGAUCUGGAGGCAGGAGGCCUGAAAGCAGCCACUGGAGAGGGAAAAAUGGCGGUGACCAAGAGAAGCCACGACCAUUUGGACUUGGAAGGGGAUGCCAACUCCAAACCGGCCGAGGAGGUUCCCAACAAAAAACUAAAGACUGACGAGUCGGACUCGAACAGCUCCUGCGAAGGCAACUUGCAAAUCGAUCUGGACGAGCAUGCGGACAAGGACCAGAGCAAGGAGGAGGUCAAGGGUCAGGAGGAGGUCAAAGGGCAGGAGGAAACGGAGUUGGUGCUGGACCUGAAGCCCGAGCCGGAGAUCAAGGCGGAUGUGAAGCCAUUCAAAAUGGAGUUUGUUAGGAAUUUCCGCAAAAGCUUCGACCAAAUGACCCGCAACGACCUGGAGGAGCUGGUGCUGCAGAAGGUGGUCGAGGGCAUGCUGGUGAAAAGCGAGUUCGCGGACCUGCGGUCCCAGUUGGAGAAGUGCGAAAACCUGCUGGCCGCCUACCGGCGCAAGAUCGCCGAGGUAUCGAAGCAGUUCCUCGACCUCGACACAGUGCACAAGCGGGUCCUCAAGGACCUGGAGACGAAGAACUCUCACUUCACAGCCCCGGUGCGAAUAACGCGGGCCGUGGGCCUGCAAGUGGGCAUUCCGUUCAAGGCGAUGAAGCCCUCUGUAGCUGCUCCGGAGCAGCCGUCAACGUCUUCUGCAGGCAGUGGAAUGUUGGCGCCACCCAGCGGCACACCACCCAAGGCCAGCACCUCGCCAAUGCGCUUGCCCAUGAGGGCCAGACCGCCCGUACCCAGUCCCAAUACCAGCCCGCAACACCAACAGCUCGAGCAGCAGCAGCAGCGGACCAGCACCUUCGCAGGCCCAUCUCCGGCGGCAUCGCCGCCCAAUGCCGUGCCUCCGGUGCGUAGGGGCUGCAUGCAAAAGGUCACUCCCCAGCGCCCGAUCCCCUCCAACGUUCUGCCCAAGCCCCAGAUCAACAACCAGCCCAAUCUGCACCGCCUGCCAUCCUCGCCUCAGAGAGCUCUCCAAGCGUCCAAGUCCACCGGCAACACGGCCUCCAUUGCAGCAGCGGCGGCGGCCAAGGCGGCGGCCAUGCGUCAGCGGAACUCGGCUCAGAACUACAUGUCCCAGAAGCAGCAGCAGCAGCAACAGCAGCAGCAGCAACAGCAGCAGCAGCAGUCACCGCAAUACCAACCGUCUCGCCCGGGUCCCAUGCCCGGUUCCUCCAAGACGGCGCCCAAGUGCACCACCAAAGUGCGUUCCCAGGCGCCGCCCAACUCGGGAGGCAACGCUUCUGUGCCCACUUCUUCCGCCGCUGCCCCCGAGGUGCCUGCCGGCUAUGCCCUGCAGCAGCCGACCAGCUUAGCGCCGGCCAAGCCCAAGGAGAAGGCGGUCAUCGACCUGACGGACGAGGAUGAUGCCAACGCAGCUGCGAAAGCGGCCAUCGAGGCCAACGCUCGCCUGCGCCAGGCGGCCAACCUGGCGGUGAAGAGGAACGCUGUAGCAGCCGCAGCGGCAGCCCUGGCGACAGCAGGUCCGGCAGCAGCCGCCGGCCGUGCCGGCAACGGGACUGUCGUGCGAGCCUCGCCAAUGCAAUUGGCGCGUGCGAAUUCCCGCCAGAUGGUCCAAACCCCUCCAGGAGUAGCGGGCCAGCGUAAUUCGGGAGGAUCGAACGUCACUAUGCAGAUCCGGUCGGAGAACACGCCGCCGACUGCCGGGCGAUUGCGAUACUCACAUCCAGCACCACUUCCGGCGUCGCCCCUGAACCCCUUCAGUCCCGCCUGGAGGCUGCCACCGUCGCGACCGGUGAUACGGAUCAGUCUGCUGGACACGGGCAUCGUCAUUUCGUGGACCCUGGAGGACACCAGUGUGCGGUACGCCGAGUGUGUGACGUACCAGAUAUACGCCUACCAGGAGACGAUCCACGAGCCGAGCACGGACAGCUGGCGGCACGUCGGCGACGUCAAGGCAAUGCUGCUGCCAAUGGCCGUCACGCUAAACCAGUUCCAGGAAAACCAGCGCUACUACUUUGCCGUGCGGGGGGUGGACGAUCACCAGCGCUUCGGGGCGUUCAGCCUGCCCAAGACAUGGUCCUAAAUGAGCGGCGCCCCUUCUAGUAUUAGUCCCUAGGCGGACCAACCCACAUACACAUAUUUAUUAUGCCAGCAUUUUAGCUUCUUUUGAAGUCACCAUUGGGUUGCUCUGUUAGUUUAUUUCUCGAUCUUAGUCUGAAUUAUGAGUUAAUUAUUAAGUUUCGUAGCGAUUUUAAUUGUACAAUUUUAAGAAAUUACUUCGCCAAGCAGCCAAUUCUCUACAGCCGAGUCGGACUGCACUCGCAAGCCGAUCGUAGUCGUGGUCCCAAUGGGACGUCAGUAAUAAUUAGGCUAUAAACAUAUACAAAUAUGAAAUAAUACCAUCACUGAAAUAAACAUUAAAUGCCGGAAGUUUUAAACGUACAAAUAAACCACUAA